UAGGGCACAAACUAGCAGAAGGAACCGAAAGCAAUUUCUUCGUCCCCCGUGUAACCCCCCUGUUCUUGUUCGCCAGUUCCAUUAAAAACCCUAAACCCUGCAUCCUCCUCACAUUUCCCUCUCUCGAAGUCUUAUUCUAUACAAUCAAGACUCAGAAAACCCUAUUCCAUCUCUAGGAGAAAAUGAGAAGACCCACUAAAUCUAAGAAAUUCAAGCUCCAAAAGCGCCAUUCGGAACUCCAAGAAAUCGAGCUCCUCGAGUCAUGGAUCGAGUUGAGCAAACCGCAUUCGGGGUCCAACCCGCUUUCCUUAUCUCCAUUGCCCGAAAAGUCUCGAAUUGGAAAACUCCCGGGCGGCUCGUUUUCCCGAUACGCCGGAGUUGAAAAAUUCAGCCAGUUACCAUUGUCCAAGAGAACUAAAGAUGGGUUGGCCGAAUCCAAGUACUCAAGAAUGACUGAUAUUCAGAGGGCAUCGCUACCGCACUCGCUCUGCGCCCGCGAUAUCCUUGGCGCUGCGAAAACUGGGUCUGGAAAGACCCUGGCUUUUAUUAUUCCGGUUCUAGAGAAGUUAUACAAGGCUCGAUGGGGUCCAGAGGAUGGGGUUGGAUGCAUCAUCAUGUCUCCCACAAGGGAACUAGCUGGUCAGCUUUUUGAAGUAUUAAAAUCUGUUGGGAGGCAUCAUGGUUUUAGUGCUGGCCUUCUAAUUGGUGGCCGCAAAGACGUUGACUCAGAGAAAGAGCGCGUCAAUGAGUUGAACAUAUUGGUCUGCACUCCAGGCCGGCUUCUCCAGCACAUGGAUGAGACACCAAAUUUUGAUUGUUCACAGCUUCAGGUUUUAGUUCUUGACGAGGCAGAUCGUAUUCUUGACGUGGGAUUUAAGAAAGAAGUAAAUGCAAUAAUAUCUCAGUUACCAAAGCAGCGACAAACGUUACUGUUCUCAGCAACUCAAACAAAGUCAGUACAAGAUCUUGCAAGACUCAGUCUGAAAGAUCCAGAAUACAUAAGUGUGCACGAGAAAUCUUCUACGGCUACUCCAAAUCUCUUACAACAAACUGCAAUUGUUGUUCCUCUUGACCAAAAAAUAGACAUGUUGUGGAGUUUUGUGAAGACACAUCUCAACUCAAGGAUAUUGGUAUUUCUUUCAAGUGUUAAGCAGGUAAGAUUCUUCUUUGAAGUAUUUAAGAAACUGCGGCCAGGAAUCCCAUUGAAAUGUAUUUAUGGAAGGAUGAGUCAAGAGAAACGGGCAGCGAUAUACUCUCAAUUUUGUGAAAAGACUUCUGUUUUGUUCGCCACUGAUGUUGCUUCAAGAGGGCUUGAUUUCAAUAAGAAUGUUGAUUGGGUUGUCCAGGUAGAUUGCCCAGAAGAUGUUGAUACAUACAUACAUAGAGUAGGGCGUACUGCUCGCUACCUAUCUGGUGGGAGAGCUGUUCUAUUCCUCAUGCCUUCAGAAACAAAGAUGGUCGACAAAUUGCAAGAAAAAAAGAUACCAAUACGGUCCACUAAGGCAAAUGUAAAAAGAUUGCAAACUGUUUCUGGACUGUUGUCAGCGUUAUUAGUCAAGUAUUCAGAUUUGCAGAGUCUGGCUCAGAAAGCCUUUAAAAAUUAUUUGAAGUCUAUACAUAAAAACAAGGAUAAGGAGGUUUUUGAUGUGACAAAACUUUCAAUAGAUGAAUUCGCUGCAUCAUUUGGCCUUCCUAUGACCCCCAAGAUUCGAUUUCUUAAGCAAAAAGUUAAGGGAGAAAACUUGUUCAAAGAGCCGUCUCUUGUGCUGGAAAGUACUGCUGAUAAGAACACUUUUGAACUUCCAAGUAAAAGUCCAGGGACUGGAAGACUUGAGGAAGUGGAAGUAGAUAAGGAUUUUCUUCUAGAGAAGGAUAACCUGCUUGAUGAGGAUAGAAUAGAGAAGGAUAAUCUGCUUGAUGAGGAUAGAAAAGCAACUGACGGUGGAGAUACUUUGCCUGCAACGAGGGUUUUAAAGAAGAAGAAGUUAAAGAUCAAUGUCCAUAGGCCUGUGGGUACUAGGGUUGUAUUUGAUGAGGAAGGCAACACUUUACCCCCGCUUGCCAAAUUAUCAGACACAAAGAGCAGCAUUGAUUCCCUUUGGCUAGACAAGGAAAAAGUAAAUCAAAGAUAUGCAGAGUUGAGGGAAGAGAUGAAGAGGGUGGACAAGGAAGAUAAGGCCCUGGACCGUCAACGCCGGAAAGAAAAGCGAUUAAAGGAAAAAAUGAAGCGGAAGAGAGGUAAGUACGACGAUGAGGAUGCUGUGGGGAGCGAGGAUGAUCUCUCUGGUUCAGAUAGAGAAGCACUCACUCACAAGGCCCAUAAAAAAGGCAAAAUCUAUUUCGACAGUGACAGUGAUGAUGGUGAGAAGAAGAAAAACAAGGAUACGAGUGGUGUCAAUGCUGACACCGAUACUCUAGCAGAGCAAGAGGCGCUGGCUCUUAAGCUGUUGAGUUCCAUGCAUCCCUGAAGUAUUAUGUACCCGUGUUUUGAAGUUUUGCACGGCAAAAACUGGGUUUUUAAUUAGAUGUAGGAGAAAUAUGAUAUAUUCAAUAGAGAGAACACGUGACAUUCGCUGAAUUACGUAUAUUUAUUCGGUUUUGUAUUUCUUGCUGAUAUUAUAUCGAAUGGGGUAAUUUUAAUUA